AUGGGUAAAACCUUGAUUUCGGCUUUGGUUGUCUACUUGGUUGUUGUACCUCUUCUAGUCUCCGCGGCGGCGGCGGCGGCGGAGGAAGAGUUCUACUACUUUGGCUUUGCUCCUAUCUUCGCCGCAUCAAAUUCAGCAACGGCUCUUGAGCAUAAGAUGAAAGCCAUCUUGGCCACAUUUAUUGUAGGAGUUUUUGGUGUUUGUUUGGCCAUCUUUGGCAUGGACGAAUUUUUCUUCCCACUCCUUAGUCACUUUGGUUCUGUGGCAAUGUGCGCCAUCUCUAUCCUCUACAUCAUUCCUGAUGCCACAAGGAGCCUCGAAAGUUCUCGCAUCGGAGAUUUCCGGAUGACUAGACUUGUAGCCAUGGCUGCUGCGAUCCUUACCAUGAUUGAAACCAAGUCAAUUUUUAUGAUUAGAAAUCAGACUGUUUCCCGCCAAGAUGACAAGAAGAUUUGA